UUGAUUUUACAGUUGUACUCUGUGGGUCUCUUCGCUUCGUUUUGGUUUUUGGGUUUUUCCUGCUUGGCUCUACUGAUCUUUUUUUUCUUUUUUUUGGUAUUUCAGCUGUAUUAUUUGUUUCUCUCUGAAUUAUCUGUGAGAAAUGAGAAGUGAACUUGGAUGUUGAAGUUUCUUUGUUUUUCGAUUGUAUUUCUCCGUUUUAAGUUGGUUUUCAUGGCUUUUAUUUGCAUAUGGGAUACCCGGUUCAGAACCUUUGAAGGGGUGUCACAGGGAUUUUGACAUUUUGAUGAUUGAGUAUCUUGUUUGAAUUUUUGAAAACCCCAUUUCAUUGUUGAUCGAUUUUAUGGCCAAUUAAGCAAAAUUAUAUUGUUGUCCUUUGGAAUCCAUGGAGUUGCCUCAAGAAACUUGUGUCAACUUCAGAAUUUGGACUGUAUGAGUUUGCAAAGUUGAUUUUCCAUCUGAUAUUGCAAUUCAGAUAAUUAUCAUGACUUAUUUGCAGGAGAAGAUUGUGAGGUUUCAGGACUGGGGUUCAGAUAAAACUUCAAGGGGUUUAUAUUCUGCAGAUAACACUUUAAAUGCUGGAAAGAUUGGGACAAGAACUGACUUAGUUUCAGAGAAGCCUCACAAAGAAUUGGAAACUGGUUCAUACAGGAUUAAUAGAAUUAAGAAAUCCUUGAAGUCAUCUUCGUUCAAUAAAUUUAUGUCCAAAGGUUUUGGAACUGGUAAAAAGGUGCUUGACCCACAGGGACCCUUUCUCCAGAAGUGGAAUAAGAUAUUUGUGUUGUCAUGUGUGAUUGCAGUCUCGUUGGAUCCUUUGUUCUUUUAUGUUCCUGUGAUUGAUGACGAUAAGAAAUGUCUUGGAUUGGAUAAGAAGAUGGAGAUUACGGCUAGUGUGUUACGUUCAUUCACCGACAUAUUCUAUAUAUUACAUAUUGUUUUUCAAUUUCGUACGGGAUUUAUUGCCCCUUCUUCUCGGGUAUUUGGAAGAGGUGUUCUAGUUGAAGAUGCUUGGGAAAUAGCAAAGAGAUAUCUUUCAUCAUACUUUUUAAUUGACAUUCUUGCAGUCCUCCCACUUCCACAAGUAGUGAUUCUGAUAAUUAUUCCAAACAUGAAAGGCUCAAGGUCGUUGAAUACCAAGAACUUGCUGAAAUUUGUUGUUUUCUUCCAGUAUGUGCCACGGUUUAUUAGAAUCUAUCCUUUAUAUAAAGAAGUUACAAGAACAUCUGUGCUCACUGAAACUGCAUGGGCUGGAGCUGCAUUUAAUCUCUUUCUCUACAUGUUGGCAAGUCAUGUCUUUGGAGCAUUCUGGUACUUGUUUUCUAUAGAACGAGAAACUACAUGCUGGCAGAAGGCUUGCCGUAAGACUGGUUGUGUUUCUAAUUCACUAUAUUGUGAUGGUGAUGCCAGUCUAAGAGACAACAGAUUUUUAAAUGUUUCAUGCUCUCUAGUUGAAGACAAUCCUCCUUUUGAUUUUGGAAUAUUUCUUGAUGCUCUUAAAUCUGGUGUCGUGGGGUCGAUGAAUUUUCCACAGAAGUUCUUUUACUGUUUCUGGUGGGGUCUAAGAAACCUAAGUUCCCUGGGUCAAAAUCUCCAAACAAGCACAUACGUGUGGGAAAUUUGCUUUGCGGUUUUCAUCUCUAUUUCUGGCUUGGUUCUGUUUUCAUUUCUCAUCGGGAACAUGCAGACAUAUUUGCAAUCCACCACUACAAGGUUGGAAGAAAUGAGGGUUAGAAGGAGAGAUGCAGAACAAUGGAUGUCCCACCGUUUGCUCCCUGAAAGUCUCCGAGAGCGAAUCAGGAGGUAUGAGCAAUAUAAGUGGCAGGAAACCAGAGGUGUUGAUGAAGAGAAUCUGGUUCGAAAUCUUCCAAAAGACCUUAGAAGGGAUAUUAAACGCCAUCUCUGCUUGUCUUUGCUAAUGAGGGUACCCAUAUUUGAAAAAAUGGAUGAACAAUUGUUGGAUGCGAUGUGUGACCGUCUCAAGCCAGUACUAUAUACAGAGGAAAGCUACAUCGUUAGGGAAGGAGAUCCAGUAGACGAGAUGAUUUUCAUUAUGCGAGGCAAGCUAUUGUCUGUAACUACGAAUGGGGGCAGAACUGGUUUCUUUAAUUCUGAACAUCUUAAGGCGGGUGAUUUCUGUGGUGAAGAGUUACUGACAUGGGCUCUGGAUCCACACUCCUCAUCUAACCUGCCAAUUUCAACGAGAACUGUUCGAACACUUUCAGAAGUCGAAGCAUUUGCUUUGAAGGCUGAUGACUUGAAGUUUGUAGCCUCACAGUUCCGAAGACUUCACAGCAAGCAGCUGCGACACACUUUCAGACUUUAUUCGCAGCAAUGGAGGACAUGGGCAGCAUGUUUUAUACAAGCAGCAUGGCGCCGAUACCGCAGGAAGAAGCAUGAACAGACUCUCUUGGAAGAAGAAAACAGGUUAAAAGAUGCAUUGGCCAAGACAGGUGGGAGUUCUCCUAGUUUAGGUGCCACCAUCUAUGCAUCUAGAUUUGCAGCUAACAUCCUUAGAACGAUUCGACGGACAAGCUCACGGAAGGCCAGGAUUCCAGAGAGAAUACCACCAAUGUUGCUUCAGAAACCAGCAGAACCAGAUUUUACCUCUGAAGAGAAUAGUUGAUAGAGCAAAGGAAUUCCUUGUAUACAAAAAACUGUAUGUCUAUUCUAUGCAUCGGUUCUUAUUUCAUAAUAUUGGAACGAGAGAAUCUUACUGCCAUGGUGUUUUGCUUAAACACCAUUGUAUCAUUAAUAGCUUUGAUUGAUGGCAAAAGAUUUCAACCAGAGAUCACUUAAGCAGGAUCCAGGAAACGGUCAUUGCCUAAACAAUAAGUUUAUCUGGAUCACUGAUGGAUGCCUAUUUGCCGAUCUCGUGCCAUUGAGUUCGUUAUGCAUUCAAGAUCAAGAUUUGUGAAUAUUUAUAAGUGUAAAAGGGUCGAUAUCUUGUAGGUCAUUGUUAUUAGUAUGAAGUAUUUUUCCUUUAGAAAAUCA